GGUCCAAGAUCAUAUCUGCAACUACUUAUCUUCAUGCUCUGCUUUGUCUACCAUCGCUUUAUUUGAUACUUGUUUCGUCAAUCAUAUUAUUUGUAACAUUUUCGAAAAUACGUCCUUUCAGCUUCAAUUCUUAUCAAAAAGUUAAGAAAAUUAAAGCCGGAUUUAAAUUUUUGCCGCCCUUGGGCACUUAAAAAAUACCGCCCUAUCACUGAAAUUUUACUUAAAGUUAUACAGUUUUGACAUCUUAUUUUUGAAAAAUCAAAGUCUUUAAUCUAUUGCAAACAAUUUACUAUGUAUUAAAUACUUUAACAUAACAUAUAAAAAUAAUUGUGUUUAGAAUAAACGUUAGUUUUAGUGUUCUUAGCACUAUAGACUUUGCACUAAUUUUGACUGAUUAUGAUAUCACAAUAAUUUUUUUCCACUUUCUAAAUUUUGCCGCCCCAAAAAAUUUGCCGCCCUGGGCACUAGCCCCGACUGCCCCUAGUGUAAAUCCACCGCUGCUCAUAUGUGUCGCCUACAUACAAUGUAUUCGUCUCGCGAUGUUUAUUAUGGUUUAAAGGGCCAGCACACUACAUUGUAGCGACAUGCUAUGAGCUGCUGAAAACAGUGGCUAUAAUAAUUUUUUUAAGAUUAUAUGUAUGAUCCCAUAAAUAAUACUUCGCUGACUCUAUGACUAAGUUUCCAUCGCGGGUUCGAAUCGGGUUAGAGUUGGGUUAGAGUCGAGUUGGCUUAUCUGUUUCCACGCGACGCUAGUUACACGAUGUCACACCAGAGUAACGGCAAGGUAAAGCUUUUACCAACCGCAUAACAUCACAGGCAGAUUGACAUUUGUAUACAAAUAUUAAAGUGUGGUUAUGUUAUCAUAAGACAGUAUGGAUCCUCGCGCGUGUAUAUUAAUUUCGCAGUAUUAUGCUAAUAUGCAGAAAUUGUUUCUUAUUUUACAAAAUCGGCGACGGAAAACAGCGCAAAAGUUAUGGCAUGCAAUGUGUAUAAUUAUGAAUACACAUAUGCUUGGACAAGUUUUCAUUUUUUCCUCUACUUUCUUGAAGAUUUCUGAAGUCUUAAACUUCUUCCCGUCCAUUAGGUUUAUCACUUGUAAUUCGUUUAUUAUUGCCAGAAAGAUUUCCGAUUCAUCCACGUUCCAGGCUACAGGUUUUUUUUUAUUUUCAUUCGAAUAAUAAUUAUCCAUCUUCGAAACGAAACGAAACAAAUAUAAACAUCGGUUAUGGAACAAUUAAUUUCGUACGUUGGCAACACUACGGUAUCCGAACUCGACUUUUGUCGUUUCCACCGAACCUCAUCCAGACCCAACCAUGAAGUAUUUUAUGGUUGGGUUCUGGUUCCAGUUCCGUGUUUCCACCGUACAAACGCUCACCCCAACCUGACUCGAACCCGAUUCGAACCAUCGAUGGAAACUUAGUCUAUGAUGACAGCCACUGUUUUCGCCGAUUUACCGAGGUAGAUUUUCCUAUCUACACUCAACGGUUUAGUUGGAAUAGUUUUCGCGACUUGCCACCGUGGCAUAGGUGCAUCUCACGUUCUCACUGGUGCAUCUAUGGGCCCAACGUCGUCAGCACCAUGGGUCAGCACUGGUAAUACGAUGUAAUGAACGAAGAUAAUGUUUGGUUAUGUUUAUCAACACAUAGGAAUAUGAAAAGUUGUGUACCAACCGAGAAAUAUAUGACCUUUGACCUAAUAUCGAGACAAAAAGUAAAUCAUAACUUAUGAUUAAAAAAAAUCUGCGACGCUGUCAUGUUUUUGGUUAUAUGAAGUAGGGUUGUUCGAACUAUGUUAUCACGAGUCGUGAGCAGCCUUCUUGUAAUAUGAUUUAGGCAACCAUAAAAUCGUUAAACAGAAAUUUCCAGCUAUGGAAACCAACGGAGAUAAUGAGGAGAGAGCUGUACUUGAAGCAGAAACUGUGUACUUGCUUAUGAAAAAGGGUUUCCCGAUAUCAAGAAAUGUUAGAGCGCAAUGGAUGCUUGAACACCUGAAUACGACAAUAACGAUUCAGCGUCCUGGGGUUAACGAUGCAGAACCUCCAGAGCUUGAGAUAGUGUCGGUACUGCCAUUUAAUCAGCCGUCUUUUUGGCGUCGAGAAACAAGCUAUCAAUUCCAGUAUAAGAUAACUACAAAUACAUCGCUGAUUUUUUUGGCGCACAAGUACAGGAUGGUCUUCAGCUUGGAUUUGAGUCCUUCGCUUUCCACAGUUGAUAUUCAACACGGAGAAAUCGUCAUAGAUGAAAUUUAUUUAGCCACCAAACGCUGUCUAGAAGGCAUCACUCGACCUUUUCUGAUUCCGGGAAGUGAACGAGUCAUGCAGCCAGAAAUAUACGUAACUGUGAUAGCUCACACACCAUUUUUCACGAGCCCUGCGCAACAAGUUCUGGUCCAAGGGUGGUUGGUCAAUGUGGAAAACGUUGGUCUUCUCACUCACUGCAUUGAGCAACAAUUGAACAUCUUGGAAGAAAAAGUAGCUUCGGUAACAGCUAUAGCUAAUCAGCAACUGGAGACGUUACGAUCAGAGAGUGAAAGAUUAGUAGGUGGGCUAUUUGAGGAAGGUGGAACCUGUGCAAAUCAAAAUAAUAGUGAUUCCAUAACAAGCAUAUCAAUGGUGUCCCCGGAGGCAAGUUUCAUGAAUAUGCUUCGCUAUGGGAUGCUUGCUCUUGCUCUGCUGCCGGAAUGUAGCUGUGCUAAUCUGGUUGUGGUGUCAGAUGGUAUAGUAGGGGUGACCGAUGUGCAUGUACUGGAUUCGAUUGUUCAACAAUUACGUGCAUCAACUGUGGCAUGUAGCUUCCUACAUGUGGGAAGCACCUAUCACCCCCAUUGCUCAAAUGCUCUAGUUCCUUACCAAGACUUGUUGCAUUUCCUUGCCACAGCCACUCUCGGCAACUACAUGACUUUUGUACCACAAACUACUUGCGACGAAGAAGUGAGCAUGAACGUUUAUCACAAGGGCUUCUUGUGCUGGCAAUUAUACAGAACAAUGUCCUGCGACUUGUCACUUACACCGAUUCGUUUGAACGAUUGGUACACGAGUAACUCUUUAUUUCAUGGAAACAGACCUCCCCAAUUGCUCAGGAAAAAGCAGAUCGAUGACAAAGUGACCUGUACUCUGAGCAGCCUCUUGUGUUGUCGACUUCGAGAAGGAUACCUCAUUAAACGCGUUGGACUUCGGGAUAACUGUCUCGAAUUGUGUUUUGUAUUGCCAUGGAAGACUCAUAUACUUCUUGAGUAUUUAGUUAGCUGUCCCUGGCCCUCAAAACCUCUUCCGAUAUCAAACACAAUACAUUAUACCAUUACCAUCGAAGCCCCCUACGAGUUUUUGCACGACAUCACUUGCCUCUCUAAAAAACCUCUGAAAUCGCAAUACCGUCAAAGCGUUGUCUCUAGAUUUUGGGGAGCACUAUCUGCGCUGACUGACAGUGAUGAUAUGCUGGCACAUUUCAGUUGGUUUCCUGGCUCUAGUUGGACUUGGUACAAUGUUCCGGAGACAAUAAGAAGUGGAAUGCCCGUUUUUUAUCUACCUACUUACUCAUCAUCCAGUUCUGUACUACUCAGUGAUCCAACUUUUCCCUUGUUUGGACAAAUCUGGCGUCCAGUUGUCCUUUUAGACCCAUCGCAAUGGGCACGUUGGAUGCAUUCACAAAGAGUAGCGUUACUAUUAUCUCACGACCGACCUUUACCACGUCACCUUCACCUGGCUAAUCAGAGUGGAAGAUUUCAAAGCGUUCAGUGUCGGCAAGCAGCAGCUGUGCUUUACGCUAUGCUGAAAAACUGGGCAACUUUUGUACUUGUAGAAAAUCACACCUAUGUACAAUUCAUUUACAAAGAAAUGGAUAAACUUCCCGUAUCAUUUUCGCUGAUACGACUAAGCUGCAAGCCACCCUGUGUUGUACUAAACAUAGCAUUUGCUGGUGGUACGGAGGGCAUAGUUCGACACAACGUCGUCACUAAUUUACUCGAUUGCUUAUCGAAAUUAACUUUACCUAACCGACCCACUGAACAGAGGGAAACUCCUUGCUGUAUAAUCCUGAAAAAACCUUUAGAGAGAAUUUUAAUCAGAUAUGAACGUGUUCCCACUGAUCUGAAUACGGUUGUGUUCCCUGACGGCACGCAACCUGUUCCUGCUAGACUCUCACCUGUUCCUGGAGGAUGUUUGACGACUACCCUGUCCAGAUAUCUUUAUCAUAGUAGAUGGCUAUGGUCGGUCAAAAAACCGCUGAUUCAGACAGUACCAAACGUCGCAUGGCCAAGACCUAACGUCACUGCCAUCGCACGCAUCCUUUCAACAAUCACAAAGAUGCGGCUAGUGGAAGGGUUUUCAUUCGCACAUUCGGCUGCUGGAGUAAUCAAUAUGGUUUUGGAAGUGCAGAUGCAGGGUCCUGCUAGCGAAAACAUAACACACCCUUGCAUCAUUCAAUACGUUCUAUUUCCACCUCAUACUAUAGCAGCUCCUUCAUCCGAACGGGACAGCGGAUCAGAGGAAGAUACCGACGAAGGCACUGGAGACGGAGAAGCUACUACCGAUGACGGAGAAAGUUGUGGGGACUUUCAAAUCGUUACGGAAGUCUGGAUUGAACCUCAAUGCGGCCAUGCAUUGCUUCCGAUUAAUCAAACAGCGGCUUACAUGCAUACCUUGCAAUAUCAGCAGAUACCAGACGCGAUCGCUCAGGUAGACGAAGAAUGCAUAAACGCCCUUCUGACUCUAGAGCAUCUGAGCUUGUUAAGUCAAAUGAUUUCAAAGGAGACAGUUGGAGAUAUUCAACUAGGCGGUGGUAAUAUCGUCACAAAUCAUUCCAAUCGAACAAAUAUUUCAACAACAAUCAGCAGAACAGCCCGGCACCAAAGUCCUGCCGAAUUUGGUUAUGGACUCUCAAAUACCGAUGAUCGGAUACGUUCGCUACCCUUUGCUUUUGACGUUUUGAAUAUUCUACCCAAGUGCCAGCAGGCAGAGCUUCUUUUUUCAGUAUUUACGGAGGGAUCCAACGGUGAAGAAAGAGAAGGGGCAAAUCGGUGCCUUCUGGAGGGGCUCAUAGAGCACAUAAAGAGGCUUCAUAAUAAAGAACUGAUAUUUACUCCUGAAGAAUCGCAAAGAUUUACCAAACUUCUACUUGCACGACCUCGUCACGAUGCUCCCCCGCUUAACUUUCCCCUAAAUACAGGUAAAGAGUUUCCGAGUGGUUUGAUCAAUGAUUUACCACAGGCAACGUGGAGAUGUUUUGUCAAAGGCAUUAGCGUCACACAUGUAAUAAUCACUAUAUUACCGCCAUCUGAAGAAGAUAUCCGACUACUCUUCCACCCUGAAGAUCAGAAUAACCAAAAUCACAGUCACACCAAUUGCGCAAAUGAAGAUGAUAUUCCCUCGGUCAAUCUACUAAACUAUGAAAGAAAUUCGACUCCUUCGCGCUCAGUCAAGAGCAUGAAAUUGUCAGAAGUCUCGGGUAGUCCUAGAGCUCUAGAUGGCUCUUCUACUCAUUCGAGUCCCACUGCUACAAUUCUUAGUACUCCGCGACCUGGAGAUCGAUGUGAAUCCGUGAUGGAUAGUUCUAGGGGAUUAACUUUGCCUAUUUAUGUUUAUGAUUGCCCACUUGCAGGACUGAUUGACGCUCUUGUGAAUAAACUAGAAUCACCAAGAGUUAAAGAUAUUUAUCAAAACCAUACAUAUAAGGCAGGUGAUCUGGUCGGAGAAGAUUUUGUUACUCUUAAAUUUGGUAGCGAUACCAAACCCUCAUCACCUGAACCUAAGAGUGACGAUUCAGACAACGUCAGCGGAGACCUCAAGAGUAUGAAUGACCAUUGUAAGCUAUUGAGUUUGGCUUAUUGCCAAUGUUACGUAGUCGCAGUCUACAAAUCACUGGUACUUCAACGUCCGCUGAGUUAUCAGGAUAUAGAAGCAGCAGUUGAACAGUGCGAAGAAGCACUGAUCGAAAUUAACAUAACCAACUACCUGUCCUCGGUGUGUCGACACUUGAGUUCAAUCAGUGGAAAAAGUCUUGGAUCUUCACCGUCGUGUAGCGAUGCACAACCUCUGCAUAAUCUGAUCACGGAAAAGUUCGAAAGGAUAAUGAAUGGUGCUUUCAGGGCUGUCCCUGCACACCCAGAGUUUUAUUUUUGCUCUCCAAACUGGAGUUCAGAUAAAAUGGAAAGAAUGGAUUUGUUUCGGUCAGACAGUGAAGAAGAAUUAGGAGGAGUGACCUUCCACUCGGACAUUAUUGAUUGUAAAGUAGAUCAUGGUAACUCUGAGGGUAACCAAUUGAACUCCACAUGGCCUGGGGCAAGUCUUCAAGAUGAAAAUAGACUCUCCAGUUUGGCAUCUACACAAUCUGUUAGCUGUGAUUUGAUGGAAGACGAUAGCUCAAGUCCUGAACAACCUCUGUUUUUGCAGCUCAGUUGCUCAAUUCAUUCACGAUCUAGUCUCGAUACCAUUUCAGUUAAAUUAUUACCCACAUGCUUUAUGGAAAUUUUAGACCAGAUGAAGUUAAAUUUCAAGAAUCAUAACCCAGCAGAUUUAAAAAUAACCCUUGAUAUAAUCUGUCUGAAUCUUCCCAGUGAAGUCUUAGAAGUCAGUCUUGAACAAAAUCCUGCAUUACGAACGACCUCGUUUUGCAGUGCUUCUCCCCUUGGAAGCACUCGCACUAACAGCGAAAGUAGUCCGGACUAUGAUACGCAAUUGUCGGGCACUGACGCCUUGCAGGACAGAAUACAACACCUGCCUCGAAGGCAACAUAAUGCGGUAUCCACUUUAGUCGAUGAGAUUGAGUGGCUUUUGAGAGAUGAAACCGCAACCGCGCUUCUGGAUCAAACGAUGCUAAUGGAUCAAACGUUAAACUUAGUUUCGCGACAUAUUUCGGAAUCCAAUGGAAGGCCCAGCUGCUCAAUGGAUAAGGUACCACUGCAAUUUGUCUUUCCAACAGAAUGCUGUAGUCCAAAGUUUAUAGAAGAAUUGAAAAAACUGGAGAUUGAUCGUUAUCGGAUACAAAUGGAAGACAAUCUUUUCUACUUUACCAAGAAUGUAAACCAGUUCAAUGAAGAGGUGGAAGAGCAGCAUGAGUAUGAAAAUAUCGAUCGCAAUGGAUCUGCCUAUGACGAUGCAUUGCAAGAAGGGUCUGACGAGCCAAAGCAAAAUGAAAUUGAGCACAGAGUUAGUACAAUGAAUUCUGGCGACCUACCGAGCUGUCAUUCUGAAAUAUCUAGUUUAGGAGAUGGUCAGGCUGGUACCGACGAUGGAUAUGAAGGGGACAGCAGUAAUUCAGAGGAUGAUUAUCACUGGUUGAUGGACCUUGAUAAGCAAAGAACUCUAAUGCCCAAUUUCUGGCUCAUUCUGAAAGUUGAAACCGAUCAUGUCAACGUCUACUUUCACUGCAGGUUUCUGGAGCUAGCCUCUCCAGAAGUAGAUCGCUACCGCCAGAUCCAAAAAAUGGCCAUAUCUCAAAUAAAGGCGAUAUGCAGGCGGGUAAAUCAAUACCUAUUGUUGCAAAGCCUGCACGAUACAAGGGUGUGUGAUCCACUGCUGGAGCCAGAGUCAAGUGAAGACUUUGUGUGGCGCGGAGAAACCGGAAGCGAGUCAGGCGCCUCGCAUCAAAGUCAAACCUCGGUAGUAAACAUGGCGCCAGGACUCUUCCGGUGUCCCGUUGUAUGGGAAGUCCCAUUCUGCUUGCAUCCGAGGCUAAAAACUGGACCCGGAAGGCCGGGGCUUUCUCGCGGGAUAAAAGCUUUGCAAGCGGUGCUCAACAGAUUUUCUGUCAAUAAUCGAACCAACAUGUUUGUAUAUCAAGACAAUAAUGACAACGUCUUUUACCUUCGAUUGCAUGAGCAGAUAAACGAAGCCAAGCCGCUUCAAAGCAAAUUAUCCGAGAGUCAUGAAAGAUUAGGAGUCUCACGUAGCAGCAGCAUUACUUCUCUUUCACAAUCCAAAGGAAAGGAAGGAUCAGGCAAUGAAGUUUUGGGUGUAAUAGACAUAAGGCCAAGGGUACGAUCAUUUGGGGAGAAGGAGAGUAAUCUUCUGAAUAAAUCGGACGAUUUGAUAAUCCUGAUGGUUCACGGUAUAUCAGACGCAGGACCUGAGGUUAAAUCAGAAUUGGCACAAGUUCUACAAAAUCGAUUGGACGAUGCUGUACUUGAAGUUCUAUCUGUGAUGUUGGCUCGAAAUCCUAUGUGCAAGUUGGCGCCAACUGAUGUUCACUUUAUUCAAAAAGAGUAUCAGACUCCUGAAAACGUUAUCCAGUUAUUAGUGCCGUUGCAUUGUCUUCCACAUAUCGAAGCCCUAGGGUACUACUUACGACAAAAUCUCUUGCAGUUCUUACACAAUCCUAAGUAUACAGACCCGAGGGCCCACAAUCAUUUUCAAGAUUAUACCAAAGAUUCGAGCAAACGUGUCUCGGAAUCUGACGUUUUUUUGUACAAUCAAAGUCAUUCCAGCGGAAGUAGGGGCAUUGCCUGUAUCGCUGUUGGGAUUGUUAACGCAAAUGGAGAUUUGAUAACAACUAGUAAGACAGAAUGGUUUGAUUCUGAAUUUCCAAACCCAUUGACGAAUGAACAUUUCCAGAAUAUAGUUUGCAGCUCUCUAUACGAUAGCCAAACACAUUCUGCUUCAACUCCAGAUGCUUUGAUAGAGUUCAGAAUAUGGAAGCAGGGCCGCGUCAAUUUAGAAUCCUUAACCCAAAAAUUGCGCGCAGCUGUAAGACAUGCGACCUGGGACUUGGUUACGGAAUACAAACUACUGCCAACUGUUUUAACUGAAGAACUUCAGAAUGAUCUUUUGAUCGACUGCGCCGUUGCACACAAAGAAACUCAAACUCCAAUGAAAAACAAGCAAUAUAAGCCUCCAAUUUCCGAUGCCUUUCAGCUGACCCGAUAUGAUGUUGGAGAAAGUGGAACGCUACACCAAGUUUAUAGGACGACUCUACAGCACUGGUUCCAAUUCGCUUUACAGUUGAAUGUUCCUGCUGUUAAGAAACAUACGGUUAUUAUGCAGAGAAGACAUCCAAUUCCCGUUAUUGCAAAAGAAUUACAAAGCCUCAUACGUGGUCAUGCUCCAGAUACAUCUUCUAGAACUUUUGUGCUCUCGGAAAGACAGCCAUUCAUCGAUAGCAAUUCAUCUUACGAAAGCAUUUGUAUGGCCAAGUCUUUCCACAUGUCUGACAGCAUUGAAAGUGCUAACGGCGUGUGGCUAUCUGUCUUUAAAGAAGAUAAUAUAAGCCAAAGUGUGUAUGUGCCCUGUGAUUUAACCAGAGAAGAUCAAAGUCCCAUAAAAUGUCUUCUCGUUGCUAGGAAUUUCUAUCAGUGGAAAGCUUCACACAGCCAAACCAUCGAACCUGAAAUCUUGGUGCCAAAAGAUCAAAAACUGCUACAGAAAUUCAACCCGCUAAUAUUGAAAUCCAGUUUUGUUCCAAGGCAACGGUUCCUGCUUGCUAAGAUUCAAAGUGAUCACAUUAUUAUGUAUAUGUACAAUUGGUCCAAGGAACGUGCAGAGAAGUUAACCAAGCAAGUGACCAGUCUUGGCAAUUGGCUCUCUUCUAGAUCAAGUUUAUUCACAAACAUAGUGAUGCAGAAGUUGGGAAUAUUUCACUAUCAAUCGAUGCAAGCCUUUUCUCAAGAGGACAGAGGACCUUACUACCAGAUAACCGACAUGGAAACCUUGACUAAAUUUCCAAAUGGGCUACACAACGAUGGUAAAGAAUGGCCCAGGAGUUCAGCUCGUACUCAUGGAAAGGUCUCUAUGGUAUCUUGGAAUCCUCGUAUCGGUCAAAUUUUGAGAGACGUGAAGCCCAGUGGACCCUAUCCAGUCAAUACCGUAGAUCCAGUAAUCAGAGCAGCAUACCAUCUUCAAGACUUGCGUCAUCGUGACAAGAAAGUUAAGGAAGACUUGAAAUGCCUUGGAGAAAUGUGGCAGAGCCGAGUAGCGACUUCGAACAUACCCAUAUCAUUGGCUACUUUGAAUCUAUUCAAACAACACUCUCGACUUAUCCAUUACUGCCAUACUCCUUUACUUUUCUUAUCUCAAUGGCGACUUGAAUCAGCAGCUACUCGGGAUCAUUCUCUUGCCCAGCCCUCGACCACUCUCCAAUCUAUGUCACAGUCGCAAUCUCCACAGUAUUCUCAACCACAGGCGAAAACUUCACAGGCCGGGUCGAUCGCAACUACAACCGAAUGGCACAAGGAACUUUGCGUUGCUAUAUUACAAGAGUAUAAAUUGUACCUCCAAACCUUGGGUUUUAAUCACGUUCGAGUAGAAUUCCAUAAAAACGUAGAACAAACUCAAGAUCCGCAUCAGACGUGUUAUCUCCAGAAAUCGAUGCUGGGUGGCGUGUUAUUGUACGAAAUUCUACUCCGUGAGCCAUUUUUUAUUGCCAAAGUACGAGUGAUCGAAUGUAGUAGACUACAAACAAAGUCAAGCAGCGCCCUGGUUAAUCAGUUUAUGCUCAGUUUUGUGGACGCGUGUGACAAAGUCAAGAUUGAUAUGCAUCUCCAUUCAUUUACUUACGAUUUUCACCUCCGAUGUAUCCAUUCCUACAUUGCUGGCAAUGGUUUAUGGUCUCUGCAAGAAGACUAUCAUCUUACCCACUUUCUCGAUGAUUUCAACAAGUACUACAGCAAAGCGCCCAACUACGCGAGGAACCUCGUGUACAGUGAUACAGUCACCGUGAAUAACUUGGCAACUCCGGCUCGUACGCUUUACUCAUACCUUCUCUCGCACGAAAAAGCUUGCGGCAUGCAAGUUUUAGGAAUGUCUCGUGACUCGAAGAAGGAUAAAGAGAGUGAGUUUGUUUUGGUUCAUCUACAAAGCACACCUCUGGUGAGUUAUUGUGACGCGCAGGAUAUGAAGCACACGGAUGAUUUUGACAUUACAUUGAUAGUCUCCAGGGUUGAACAGCCCCCUCAAUUUGAGAGAACUGAGAUAACUUUGAAAUAUUAUCUGAUGCUAACUAGCAAACGAGAACUUUACCCAAAGAAAGAAGUGCAGAAUAACAAGCUGGGCAAAUUUCGCACAGUCUAUAGUGUCGCUAGAUCGACGACAAACUCGUAUGCCGAAAGUCCCUUAGGAUCGAGUCCGGUGUCACCUACACCUUUCCUGCAACAUAAAACUCUGAAAAAUGAACAUUUGACCAGCUCUGUGGAUUCAAGCGAAACCCAAGAAGGUUCUAAAGAAGGAGAGUAUAAGCUCGAAGGACCCAAUAAUGUCAACAAUACUCUUGCUCCAACACCUCCACCUGUUCCAAGUUCUCCGCUAACGCAAAAUUCAAGCCUACCGAGAACUUGCCCACCAGCUCUGCAAAUAAGACAAGAAUCUGUUAAUUAUUUAGGUUAUUAUUCAUCUCACGAACAGUUGAUGCAACAAAUGAUGAUGUCACAAGCCCAAGCGGCCACAGCAAGAAUAACGACCAUGAUAAAAGAUGGGGCUCUUCAAUGCCGCACGCAUCUACUAUGGAAUAAACUUUUAGAGAACAGAUCCACCAUGAGUUAUUUAGAGUUCAACGAACUCUGUCGUCUUGCACACGUGGAUCCUCUGUCCAAACUUGAUCCUAGACUCAGCCCGCUUCUUAAUCAACCAUUGACUUGGUAUCAGUCCCUAUCCAAGGUCCUAAUCAACAAAUAUCAGGAUCAUCAUAAACUCUUCAAUGCACCAGAUGGUAACAUUAGCCAUGUUGUAGUUCUUCAUCCGAGUUACCUCCAAGCAUUCAUGAUGCUUACUAUUGAUCUACAUACUUCUCGAGGCGACCUGUGUGCGGUUUAUCGGAAGCCAGCCGAACUUGCAAGUUUGCCAUUUAAUUUGGGCGAUGUGUACAGUCUGAUCGAGGGAUUUCUUAACGCUUGUUGUUUUCAUUUGUGGAUGGGUCUUUGCAGCCAAUAAUUAGUCGUCAGUAAGACCUUAUUUGAUCAGUGCUAUAUAAAAAUCAUUGCCACCUUUGCGAAUGUUGCGGUCAUGUUGCGAGGCCAAAACAAAGCGUGAUGAUAAUUUUGUUAUGAUAAUCAAAAGGUAAGGAAAGAUAGAAUGACCCUGUUUUUGCGGAUUCGAAGACUACGAAAUUUAAUUCCAAAAAGUAAUAUUAAAAUUAGUAAUACGUAAUUGUUUAUAGCUGUAAAUAGACUGUCGUGAUUUGUGUCUUUUGUAAGUGUUUUUAGUUUUAUGAUAUUGUUAUUUCAUCAAAUAGUAGAUUUGGUGUGAGUGGUUGAGUUUAUUGCAGGAUUAGCUCAAUUGCAAUCGUUAUUCAUACGAAAUUGGUACAGAAGGUUUAAAAACUACACGAAAAGUAAUUCGUAACGAUUACAUUCAAUGCCCUGAGACUAUUCAAGGAAAAGAUUUUCCAUAAAAGUUUUGAACGAAAUAGCGGAACCUGUAAAAAUAUUGAUGAGUCAAAGAUAUACUUACUCUGUAUUGUUGAAGGGAAUAUUCGCAGAAUACUAUUGUAUAUCUACUUCACUGCCUUUAUACUUUAAUUGUAAAUAAUUGAAUACAUAUAUAUUUUUGUUUUACAAAAUAUUUGUCACCGGUUGAUUCCAUUGUAGAUUUGAAACUGUAAUUAUCAUUAAGGAGGGAGUAACGGUAAAUCAAAAUGUAGACAAAAGUUUACGAAA